GCGGCCCCUGUGAGCUCCCACCGAACCGGCCCCACUCUCCGGCAGCUCGGAUUUCUCGAGCACGGGAGCCGGGCUUGAAAGUCGUUCGGUCUCCAGGGUAGAGAUCAGAUCCACACACAACCCAGGGAUCGGCAGGGAGAAGGAGCCUGGGCUAGUCCAGGGAUUCUGAUUAGCAUCGCUUCCAUUUGAGAAGCCUAAACAUUUAAAAAGAGAGGGUAAAAUGACCAAAGGCGAACAGCUUUCAGAGGAACAAUAAUUUCAAUCCUGUUUUUUAUAUAUAUAAAGCUGCAAGAUUGCGCACUAGUCCGCAUCGGAAAACCUGCACUUCGGGCUGUUUUUGUGAUAAAGUUGUGUGUCUGAAUUGUGUUGUAUAUUGAGGCUGUACGUGAGCAAGGUGAAAGCAUUGAGGAUGUGAGCUCUCUUUUAAAAGGGCAGGCUGUGCUCUUGACUGUUCCUGGAACCUAGCGCCAUGCAACAGCGGCAGGUACUGUGUACAAUCCGACCUACUGCCAAGAAUCAUGAAGGACGGAGGAGAAUCUAAAGACCAACAAUUGACUGUGGCCUUACGGAUUCGGCCCAUCAAUGAAACAGAAGUGGAAGAAGGAGCCACAAUCAUUGCUCACAAAGUUGAUGAGCAGAUGGUGGUGCUAAUGGAUCCAAUGGAGGACCCUGAUGACAUUCUGCGAGCCAACCGGUCUCGAGAGAAAUUAUACAUGUUUGAUGUGACCUUCAAUUACACUGCAUCACAGGAUGAUGUAUACCGUGCUACCACCAAGGGUCUGAUUGAGGGUAUUAUUUCAGGGUACAAUGCUACGGUUUUUGCCUAUGGACCAACAGGUGCUGGGAAAACAUACACAAUGUUGGGAACAGAUUAUGAACCUGGUAUUUAUGUGCGGACACUCAAUGAUUUGUUCAAGUGUAUUGAAGAAACUAGUGAUGAUAUGGAGUACACUGUUUCCAUGUCAUACUUAGAGAUUUAUAACGAGAUGAUACGGGAUCUACUCAAUCCGUCAUCCGGCUUCCUAGAUCUCCGAGAGGACUCCAAAGGUGGGAUCCAAAUUGCAGGAAUUACUGAAGUGUCAACUAUUAAUGCCAAAGAGAUAAUGCAGCUGUUGGUGAAAGGCAACAAGCAGAGAACACAGGAACCCACAGCAGCCAACAAAACCUCCUCUCGGUCUCACGCUGUCCUGCAAGUCACUGUUCGGCAGAAGAGUCGCAUCAAAAAUAUUUUGCAGGAGGUACGAAUUGGACGCUUAUUCAUGAUUGACCUUGCAGGAUCUGAGAGAGCUUCACAGACACAGAACCGUGGAAAACGAAUGAAGGAAGGAGCACACAUCAACCGGUCACUGUUGGCACUUGGAAACUGUAUUAAUGCUCUGAGUGAGAGGGGAGGAAAUAAAUAUGUCAAUUACCGAGACAGCAAGCUGACACGAUUGUUGAAGGAUUCUUUGGGUGGAAACAGCAGGACUGUGAUGAUCGCUCACAUCAGUCCAGCCAGCCUUUCCUUUGAAGAAUCACGGAAUACCCUCACUUAUGCAGACCGUGCCAAAAACAUAAAAACCAGGGUAAAACGCAAUUUGAUGAAUGUGUCCUAUCACAUUGCUCAGUACACCAAUAUUAUCUCCGACUUACGCAGUGAAAUUCAUCGUUUGAAGAAAAAGAUAGACACGCAACGGAUACAGCAAACAAAAAACGAUAAAACUGACAUACGCAAUGUGCAAGCUGAAGUACAGCUACAUUCCUCUCGCUAUGACAGACGGGAGAUGGAAAGGCUUCGUGAACAUCUGAUUACUGCCUUUCGAGAACAGAUGGACAUCCGGCGUAAUCUGCUGGAGCUGGACAGCAACAACAUGCAAAUUCAAGUUGACACAUCCAGGCACCUACUAACAAUCGCAGACUGGGUACAGGAAAAGGCUCGGAGAGCCAAGAAAUGGAGGGAAGAACACCGAAAGGAAGUCUACAGCAAAGAGGAUAGUGAGAAAGAUUCAGACACUGGAGAUGAUCAGUCUGAUGUUAUGGAGCCAGCCGAGGUAGCUGUCGCACGGGAAAGUAUUGCUGCACUUGUGGCUGAACAAAAAAGAUUGAAAUGGCAGAAGGUUGAGUUGGAGAAACAAUUCACUGACAUUCGAUCGCGUGCUCAUAGACUGGAGGAGCUUCUUCCCAAGAGGAUCAGCAGUGAGCAACAGCGAGAGGUUUUGAGCCUGCUCUGUAAGGUGCAUGAACUGGAGAUUGAGAAAACCGAAAUGCAGUCCAAUGCUUUACUUAAGGACAAUGUCAUACGGCAGACAGAUUAUGUCAUUCAGCGUUUUGAGCAGCAUAGGCAGCUGUGUGCUGAAAUUAUUCAACAGCAGCGGCAGAUCAUAGAUGAUCACAACCUACUGGUUCCUUCACAGUUGGAUGAGUUGUAUGAAAUUUACUUGAGAGAGCUGGAAGAAGGCAACCUGGACCGAAUAGUAGCCAUCCACACUGUCACAACAAGAACCCUGAAGGAUGGUUCGGUUAUGAAUAUGGCCCAGAGGCUAAAGGUGGGAGAUUUGGUGCAGGAUGUGGACUCUGAUCAGGAAAGUGUGAGGACAAUUGGAUCUGAAAAGCCUUAUCCUUGGCGAAGGAAUUACAAAGAUGCGUUACCACCACUGGUACCAGAGCCAGAAAGUGACAAUAACCAAGUGUUUAAAAGCAGCCCACAUGGUCAACGGAGAAAGAGUUCAACGGUGAUGACACCUCCUCCAAUCCAAGUGAAUGGAAUGCUAAACCAAGAGACAAAUCAACAGGAGAGUCUGGUGAGCUUUAGCGAGAUGAGCAGUGCCAGCAGCCAUUUAAACUCAUCACCUGACAGCACAGAGAAUUUUGCAGAUAACCGACACAACCAGACAGAAUUCCUUAAAGUAGAACGCAAGCAGAUGUUGACGGGCACCAAGAACAUCGCUGUCAAAGCCGCAAGGAGACGUUCAAAAGUUCUGGAAAAUGACAACAGGCUACACAUUCUGGAGCCCAUGAAGGAGAAAACAAGCAUUUCCCUGCAUUCAAUGAAGGAAAAUGAAGAAUCAUUUUAUAGAGGCAUUCUUGAACCAUCACUGACAUUGUAUAGACACCAGCAGGGUCCACUUAUAAAACAUGCUGCUAGUGAGGACAAUCUAUCCACCAGUACUGGUGAGGUGAUCAACCAUGUACAGCCCGAUGAGGAAGAAUGCCCCACUGACUGGUCUCAGUCCUAUAAAAAGGAAAACAAAAAGGCAAGUAGAAGACAGGAGACAUUAGAAGCCAAGCGGAAGAAAAGAAGAUCAAGGUCAUUUGAGGUUAACGGUCAAGGGUUAUCCCAUCCUAAGAAUAUUUCAUCCCGAUUCCAACCAUUGGAGAGUAUUUCAGAUAAUAGAUUUAAUGUCAAUGGCCAAAGUCAGUCAAGGAUAUAUAGAAAACCGACACACAGGCCUGGGAAAGUAAAAUUCCCUAUCAGCCAUUAUGCAGGUGAAAGUGACCUUCACAUGUUGGAGGUAGUCAGUACUCCACCCAGCACCAUCUAUCAGAGAAAUGCCAAUGGGAGAGGGCUGGCUGUACAAAAGAAGGUCAGAGGUCCGACAAUUGCAGCAGACGUGGCUAGCUCAACAUCUAUGCUGAAUCAACCUGGAAACUUCAAGAAGCCUCUGAACCGUAAUCCUCAGCCACAUUUUAACCACACGGUGACAAAUGCAAAAAAUGAUGUCAGAGCUAGAAAACCCUAAAUCAGCGACAGAUCGAACUUUGUCAAGUCACCUGUAUGAAAUAAAGAACGCAGGACAUAUUUCACUUAUCUGGAGGGAUGAAAAUAUAAAUGAAGUCUCAACUAUCUACAAAACAGAACAGAAAACAUUGCGAAACCAUAGGUGGUGUUGCACAUACAGUGAAUCCUCGAUACCACAAAAUCACAAAUCGUCACGCCCAUCCACACCAAAAAUUAAAUAUCAACAAAAUUCAACAUCUGCAGGCAAAACUUGGAUAUCCUGGAUUUUCAUCCUAUUUUAACUUACUUUUAAAUGAGUUCGGCACUCACGCAUUUCAUCAUUUGCAGCUGUUUUUGGGAACAGAACCUUCAUGAGUAUGGAGGAAUGACUGUAUAAAAUUGCAUAUUUUCUGCUGUUAUGUCUUUUGAUUAUCUAUAUCUGAAUCCCAACCUUAACAAUGUUUAUCCUUUACCUCUGUUUAUCUAAUGAGAAGAAGAUCCUGCUGCCAAUUGCUGUAAUUAAUGGACUCAAUGAUUUCUUCAUGAAUAUUAGUGUAACAAUGUCCACAAUUUUGGAUUGCACACUCAACCUAAGGAAUCAGAACACAAAAUUAAUCCUUAUUCUUUGAAAUAAACAAUGUAGUCAAGAAAUAUAUUGACAGUAUAAGGUUUAAUGUAUAGGAGUGAACCAAACAUUUCAUUUUUUUUUAACCAGACACAGUGAAUUUAUGAAUGUUCUUUUUUCAAAAAAAACAUGUACAAAGUUGAUGCCUCAUCCUCAUUCUAUAUAGGUAGAGAACAAGCCCUCAGAUCAGGUAGCAAGUGGAUUCAAGAAUAGUUAUUGGAUUUUAAACCAAAAUAUAAAUAAAUUAAUUCAGGCAGAAAUGUGCUGAGAAUACUCAGCAGAUCAGGCAGCAUUUAUGGAGGGAGAAUCAAAGAUAAUAUAUCAAAUUGACGACUGUCCAUUAUAUGCUUUGAUGAAAGGUCUUCAACCAGAAAGGUUUUUAAUUGUUCCAUCAAACGUUCAUGGGGUGUGAGCAUUGCUAGCUAGGUCAGUGUUUACUGCCUAUCCCUUAAUACCUUUAUAGAAGAUGGUGGUAAACAAUUGGGUUUCUCUCUCCACAGAUGCUGCCUGACAUGCUAAAUCUGCAUCUGCAGCAUUCUGUUUUAAGCAUAUAAAUAAAUGAGUUUUCUGCUUAGUAAUAGGUAUUUGCCACAGGUGCAUCGGGCACAUUAAGUAGUGAUUGACUGUAAAUGAAUAUUUACCUUACAGAUGCAUUUCUUAGCUAAACAUAGCAAUCUAUUUCAAAACAUCAGCUUGUGAAAAGAUGGAAUUUGAUAUACCCUUUAAGUGGUAUUUAUUAUGUAAUAGAUAUUUAAUUGCUGUUCAUUUUCCCCUUGAGAACCAUUGAGGUGAAGUAUUAAUUGUUUAUCUCAAAACGUAAGGUUCUGACAUGUAAAAAUCUGAUAGGAAAGAGUAGUCAUUUGGAGUGAGUUGGAUGCCAAUAUUUUUGUGUUUUCACUUGACAAACAGCUUUUGGGGACAAAUGACCUCCCCAGUUAGGAUGUGAAAGUUAGGCCUAAAAGCUCAAACUCACAGCCUUUAUGAUGGGAUUAAGUUAUUGAUCCACCUUUGUUUUUCACUAAGCAGCGGAACCAAAGUAACGUUAAAGCUGAAUGGGUAGAAACCAACAUUAUAUGCAUGAACAGCAGAGGCCAUUAUGCAUUAAAACUCAUUAAAAAAGCAUUUAAAAUAUAUUUUAAAUAUUAGAUUUUGUAUUAAUAGAAUGAACGUUAAUGUACUGAUAUCAACCUGACAAUUAAUAGCUAUAGUGGUGAAUUUUUAAGAUCCAUCAAAAAUAGACCCUUGUAGAUAUUUCGUUUGGAACUUAAAGCUAUAGGUGCAGCAUGUAUUCAGAUUUCUGUUAAUUUUACCAUUUGUUUAUAUGUAUCAGCUACCAGCAAUUAUCAGCAACUGGGGACCUCCGGGAAUAAUAAUUUAUGAAUCUCUAACUUUGAAUAUAACUAUUACAUUAUUUAGAUAUUGUUAAUAAUUCAUAUUGGAGUUCAUUUUUUCUGCUAUGAAUUGGGUAAUUUCUACUAGUUACAAUAUUCCUUUUUAUUGAUUUCUGAUGACAAUUACUGGUGGUCUGAAGGCACUAUCCAGCUAUCUAUCACAGUUAACAAUACACACGUUGGAGUAAUUUUCUGACAAUUAAUCCUGGUUCAAAUAAAUAUUUAUAAUAAAGUUAUUGUUUAAAAUUCAGAACAUCUGCAAGUUUUUCAGUAUCUAGUCUCCAUCAUGAGCUAACAUUGUUGGCAAUAUGAGAGGAUAUUAAGCUAUCCUGGAAUGGACUAUUACUUAUUGAACUUUUCAUUUCUUGAAGUGUAAAUGGUAAAAAAAAACUGCUUCUGUGUAUCAUUCCUUUAACUGUUCCAUUUACUUGCCUGAGAGAUUUGUCCUUAAUGAAUAUAAUGUGCUUAAAAGUUAUGUAAUGUGGUACAUUUAUGAAAAUUGCACAGGCGAAUAUUAUUAUUUAUGUUAUGGAUGGAGUCCUUCUUACAAAGCAUGAACAUUUUGUACAACAAAAACCAUCAUUUCUGUGGUUGAACAUCUGUAUGUUUAGGAUGAAUUUCUUCUGGAAUCAUUGUUGUAUCAUGGGUAAUAGAUGUAGUGUCAUUCCCGAGUUAGGCACAGAUAGAUUUGGAUACACUGGAAUACAUAGAGCUGUCCAUUGCUGUGAAUAUGAAGAAUGAGUAGCGUUUACAGGUGUAAACAUUCAUCUGAACCGGUAAUUCUAUGUUAGCUCACUUACAGCUGUGGAUAAAACAAAAAGAAAAGUGAGGGUGUGCAGAGAGUCAAAUACACAUACUAUAUAUUGAAGGAAACAUAAUAGUUGUAUAGCUGUAAAUAGGAGACCUCGUACACAAAUUGAUCUGCCAUGUGUUUACAGCCUUUUCUAUUUUGUUUUAUUUUUAGCAUUUCCAGUUUUUUAAAAUAUAAUUUUCACAAGAUAAUAUUUGACUAAUUCAUUUGAGUAUUUCUGAGUAGUUCUUCUGCAAUAAGAGGAAUCCUUCAAAAUUGGAGUCCUGAAGUAUUUGAGUUAUUUAUUUUUAAGCUUGCUUUUCUUUAUUUCCUCUUGACAUCAAAAAAUAACUAUAUUUAUUUGAAUAUUAGAAGGCUCACUUUUUUCAAAAGUGAUUGCAUGCAAAUGAAAAGUAUAAUAUCUCACAUUCUCUAAUCAUUGAAUGCUUUCUUCACAAUGAGAACUGUGAGAAGUCUUCACUAACUAGACUCAGCUGAAAACUUUGAGUUAUAUAUAAUUGCCAAAAAAAAAAUUUUUAAGUGAUAUGGGAGUAAGUAGAGGAUGGGAUAAAUCAAAUCAGUUCAUGAAAAGUGAAAUGUUUUAAUUUAUCAAAACAGAAAUUUCUGUGUAGCAAAAUUCUAAUAAAGUAAUGCUGGUUAGAAAAGGCUCAUUAUUGAGAAUACUGUUAGCACUAUCUUUAAGCCAUUCUUGCAGUUCUGUAUGGAUCACUGUCAACUAUCUGGUUGUUCAUUUUGUGAACUGUUGAAAGGGAUGUCUGAAUGUGAAGCAGUUUUCUAAAUUCACUAAAAUUAUGUAAUGAAAUGAGUAAAUGGCUCAAGACUGAAGCAUUUCCAUUGAGAGCCUUUUGCACCAAAAUGCCACACACAAGUCUUUUUUUCCUGUCUGUUGUAGCAAAGAUUAACACAUUUAAAAGAUUGAUCCUUUAAUAAUGUGUCCACCCCCACACGAAUUUGUAAAAUGUACAGUUGUCAUUUUUAAUUCUUCUGUUUCAGAUUGUAUGCCAGCAAUGUUUGAUUUACCAACCAUUUUGACUUGGAUUUUUGUCCAUUUACUGGAGCAUCUUAUUAAUCAUGUUAAAUGGAAAACAUAACGGAUGCUAAAUAUCUGAAAUAACAGUCAAAAAUGCUGGAGAAACUCAACAUGUCUGGUAGCAUUUGAGGACAACAAAGCAGAGUUAGCAUUUUGAGUCUAAAAUAAAAGAAUAAUUUUAUGCUCAAAGUGUUAAAUAUGUUUCUCUCUCCACAGAUGCUGCCAACCAGAAUUUCUCCAGGAAUUUCUGUUUUUAUUACUAAAAAUGUUCGUCAUCCCCUGCACUAACACUUAUUCAGAUAUUAGCUUGAGAAGAUGGAUUGGCUUAUAAAAUAACAGAUUAUGUUGUUAUACUAAUUGAGCCAUCUCUGACUAAACAGCUACCAAACAAUAGAUCUGUGUCAGAUCUUUCAUAGAAAAGAAUGUAUAUUUUAGCCCAACCCACUGUGAGCACACAGGAAAAAUACUUUCCAAUGAUUAAGUACAUAUUUGAAUGUUGAGUUGUUUUUUUAACCAUAGUGUAUUUAUUUUCUGUAUCUGCAACAGUACAGAA